AUGAUGUUUCAGGAAUCAGUGACCUUCGAGGAUAUAGCUGUUGACUUCACCCAGGAAGAGUGGGCCCUGCUGGGCACACCCCAGAAGAAGCUGUACAGAGAUGUGGUGCUGGAGAACAUCAGUGGCCUGGUCUCUGUGGGGUAUCGGAUCUGCAACUCAGGUGUGACUUUCCAGCUGGAUCAAGGACGGCUGAGGAGUGAAGGGACUGGGUUUCUCCAAGGUCAGAGUGCAGGUAAUAUAUGUGAAUGUGGGAAAGCCUUUAGCAAUGUCUUCAGCCUCAGACGACACAAGAUGACUCACAGUGAAGAGAAACCAUUUAAAUGUAAUGUAUGUGGGAAAGCCUUUUUACAAAGAUCUGACCUUAGAAACCACAAUCGAAGGCACACUGGAGAAAAGCCUUAUAAGUGUCGUGAGUGUGGGAAAGCCUUCAGUCGGAGUUCUUACCUAAGACAGCAUGAGGCAAUCCACACAGGAGAGAAACCAUAUGAAUGUCCCCUAUGUGACAAAGCUUUCAAGCAAAGAUCUUACCUUAGAAAACAUGAGAGAAUCCAUCCUGGGGAGAAGCUGUAUGAGUGUCAUCAGUGUGGGAAAGCCUUUAAUCAAAGCUCUGGCCUUAGCCAACACAAGAAAAUUCACAGCGGGGAGAAACCACAUGUAUGUUCCAUAUGUGGGAAGGCUUUCAGUCAAAGUUCUGAGCUAACACGCCACAACAGAACACAUUCCGGAGAGAAACCAUAUGAAUGUGGUCAGUGUGGGAAUGCCUUCAGUCAGCAUGCUAAUCUCAUAAGACACCAGAGAACCCACACUGGAGAACAGCCUUAUGAAUGUCGGCUAUGUGGCAAAGCCUUCAGUCAUCGUUCUUCCCUUAGAAGACAUGAGGGAACCCAACACAGGGGAGGAAAUCAUGAAAGCCUUCAGUAG